AUGGCGAGUCCGAGUAUUGCUAAUCUAUCCAUUAAUGAUGACGGUGAAGAAGAAGGUUUCUGUUUCGAUCUGGAGGAAGAGGUAAGUGAGGUGUCGGAUCUACGACUAUGUCUAGUCGGGAGAUUCCUUUGUGACAAACCGAUUCAUGUCCGAUCCAUGAAGAGUAGAAUUGCGGAUAUAUGGAGAGCUGUGAAGGGGGUCGCGAUCAAGGAAGCAUCUGAAGGUUUGUUCCUUUUUCAGUUUGAGCAUAAACUAGAUAUGGAAGCGGUAAUCAACGGGGGUCCGUGGAGUUUUGAUAAUCACCUCCUAAUCCUAGAACAAGUCAAAUUGGGAAUUCAAAUUGAAAAUAUACCUCUUUUCCAUGUUGAUUUUUGGAUACAAGUCCAUAAUCUUCCGGCUGGCUUCAUGAUAGAGAAGGUAGGGAAAGCAAUGGCUAGUCACAUUGGUAUGUUAGUGGAAUAUGAUAAAAAUAACAAUACGAGUUUCUGGCGUCAAUAUAUGAGGAUCCGGGUUAAAGUCGACGUGCGGCAACCCUUGAAGCAAUCUACUAGAGUCAAAAAUAAAGGAGGAGAAUGGUGCGUGGUUAAUUUUAAAUAUGAAAAGCUUAGCACAUUCUGUUUUGUUUGUGGAAUUCUUGGGCACUCGGAACAGAGAUGUGAAGUGCGAUUUGCUAUGGCGGAAGACACAGGUAAAAGAGGGUGGUCCAAUGAAAUUCGAGCUGAGAAUAAAAAAUAUGGCGCACCAUCAUCAAGAUGGCUUAGGCAAGAACGCACAAAAAAGAGUGAAAAUUUCAAUCCUGAAAUUCCUGGUCAGGCGCGUGAAACACAAUUUCCAGAUGAAGCGAGUAUGGCUGCGGCAAAUGGCAAGAGUUCAGCAAAUCAUGGGAAAAUUAAUUAUGAGUCAAACAAAUCCUUUAAGGCCAUUUACUCACCCAGUAAUUGGUCAUUAAACCACAAAGAUUCCAACCCCACUAUUUCAAAUCACACGGCUGGAGCAAUUAAACUUGGGCAUGUGCAACAAAAUAUUCACCUUUUCCAAUUUAAUGACCCGACCAAGCCUUCAACCCAAUCAUUACCCAAUAACUGA